AUGGUGGUCCUCAUCCCCGGCCUCCGAAAUCUCACCCUCGCCAUUCUGAGCAGCAUUAUUUUCUUAACAAUAUACCUCUCCCGCGCGCAAUUACCCGGAAGAAAUGGACGCCUCCACGAACACGACGCCUUCUCCAGCGUCCAAGCGAAGAAUGAUUUCUACGGAAUCCCCAAAACGGAGUUCAAACCCUCCACCAUGGCCGAGGAGUCGGAGAAAUAUUUCCUGCAAGAAGCCUCCCUCGAUGCGAAAUUGAAAGCGACAGAAGGAAUGUUGAAAGUCGAAGGCGCGGAAUCAUCGACGGCGGUAAAGGUGGAGGACGACCUCGGUUUCCCGACCCCCGAAUUCAAAGCUUCCGGUGGUCUAAAUCGCAUGAAACGCUACGCACCACAUAACUUCCAUGGCCCUGGAAAACCGACGUUCGCAACGUACUACUCCGUACCGUCGACGAGUUUGAAAGAGCCGAAUUUUGUCUCUAUUCUCCAUCUCGCUUAUCGAUUACUAUGGCAUCCUCCCACGAGGAGUACGAAAUAUCCCUUCACCGUCUUCGUCGCACCGGGAACGUCCGACGCCCAACGGAACGUGCUCAUCGCAAUGGGCUGUUUGGUGCGGGAACUUGAUCCGCUCAUUCCAGCUGUCGCCGCGACCGCGGUGUCGGACAUGUACGAUUUACCAGGGGACUUUGACCUGUUAAAUCUCUGGAGUCAAACACUCUUCGAUCGCAUCGCGUACUUGGCGCCGAAUGUCUUCAUCACAGGACCCGUGGAUGAGAUUUUCGACCUAGCGACGACGAGGAAGUGUGAAGUCGACAGACUGGGUGUGGAAGAUCGGGAAAUCCACGGCACGGGAAAGGGACUCUGUCGAUUUGUUUUCGCGGCUGUGAUGAAGGAAAUUGGAGAGGAGAAUGAGGACGGGGAGAGGGCGAAGGAGGUGGACACGGGGGUUAUGGUGUUAAGUCCGAGUCUGGGCAUGAGGCGACGGUUGGGACGGGAGGUGGGGCGGUAUUUGGGCGUUCUGGGGCCGGAGAAGAAGGUUGAGAUGGCGAUGGGACCGGAGAGGGCGAGGGAGACGGCGAGGCAGAGGGCGGAGAGGUUGUUGAAGGAGGUGCCGCUUAAGGAUCUGCCGGCGGGACCAGUCUCAGAGGGUGAGAAAAUUCCGCCUGGUGCGGCGCCGUUGAUGGGUACGAAGCUGAAACCUGGAGAGGCACCGGUUGCUGCUGCGCCGAGUGAAGUGGCGGACACGAAGCCUGUGCCGGGUGAGGCGGGGUUGGAAGCAGCUGGCGAUUCUGCUGCGACGGCGCCGAGUGCGGGGAAGCAGACUAUUCCUGGCGAGGGAGACUCUACUGCCGACGAAGCGGCGAGUACAGAUGCAAAUUCGAAGUCGGAUGAAGCGUCACCGCCGCUGGCUGGCCAACAGACCGUCCCAGGCGCCGUCGAAUCGGAAGCGGCACCGCCACCAUCUGAAGCACGAUCAAGUAAACCCGACAUCCGCCAACACCCCCCCUCCGAGAAAUCCCAACUCACCCGCCGCACCCUCAUCCCCUGGCGCCUCACCUCCCGCGACGACUCCCCUCCCCCUCCUCCUCCCUCCGAAGAACCCCCCUCCGAAGAUUCCCCCAUACCAACAACUCCACCCACCCUCCCCACCUUCCUAACCACCCUCUUUGGCCCCACCUCCGCCUUUCCCAUGCACGUCCUCCCCCGAGAAUGGAAUGGAUUCGCACCACAGGGGGACGAUGAGGGCGUGCUCAAGACGGUUAAUCUUAUGUAUUGGAGGGAUGAUGGAGGGGUGGAGUGGUUGCGGCAUCGGUUUGGGAGGGUGCAUGAGGAGAUGAUGGAGGGGGUGGAGGGGGAGGGGUUUAGGAAGGAGAGGGAGGGGGAUGGGGGGAGGGUGUAUUUCUUUCAUCGAGCAACGAACGAUCUCAUCGAAGCGGUUUGGAUAAGCGUACGGCCUGGCAUCGACCGCAAUAUCGGCUAUGCUACCCUCAGUCAUUGCUGGGGUGGCUACUUGCCUAUCCGUCUGACAAAGGGGAACAUGGCGUUGUUUGCGGUUGACAUCGACUGGCAUACUUUGCCCAAGACUUUUCAGGACGCUGUUUACACGACCGCACGGCUGAAGAUCAAGUACAUCUGGAUCGACGCACUCUGUAUCAUCCAAGACAGUCAUGAAGAUUGGUCGAUCGAAGCAGCAGAGAUGACAAAUGUAUACGCCAACUCGUCGGUCGGUCUUUCGGCCGAUGCAUCUGAAGAUGGGCAUGGUGGACUAUUCAGAGAACGCGAUCCAGUUUAUUCUUCCGCAUUUCUCAUCCCACGGGAUAACAGCAGCGGUCACUACCUCUGCUUCGUCGACACUUGGGAACACGACGUGUACUCCAGCUGCAAGUUGACAUACCCGUCGGAUAUGUCUGUCGCUAUAGCCGGUCUGGCCCGCAUCUUCGGCGUGUUACUCAGAUUCCGGCCAGAGGACUACAUCUUUGGAAUAUGGCGACCCAGGCUUGCUCACGAACUGAUGUGGCGUGUUAUUGGACGUCCAUGGGAUGACUAUCAGCGGACGCCAGGAAUGGAAGUACCUUCGUGGUCGUGGCUAUCCAUUUCCGGAGCCAAAAGCACCUCUAGAUUCAACGUCAAUGCGAGAGGCCGAGGGACGGAUCGCCUACAUGUGAUGGACCUUGAUACAAUUCAGGCGCAUGGGAAGUCAUUGAGAAUCCGUGGGAAGCUCUGUGAAGCGGUGUUUAAGCGAUGCGGUGAACCGACAUUCUUCGAUGAGGAGUUUGACGAUGAACACCACCAGCAGGAUUUUGUCUUCAGGGUGGGCGAGGCACGGUUCCGGGAGAUCGAGAGCUGCACCCUAUGUUGGGACGAGAAGUCGAUUGAGAUCUUUGAAGAGGUACAGAAGAAGCCGCUUUACUUACUUCAUGGUCGCAUUUAUGAAGAAGGACGCAAGUACGAGGAUCCCGCCGACAACAUAGCACUAAUCUUACCCGAUCGAUUGGUCGGUCAUGACAAUGUCGACAUCGAUCAGUCAUGCCGUGCAUCUCGAUAUGAUUGUCUGAUCCUGGAACCGACCGGGAAAGAUGCCUGCUUUCGCCGUCUUGGGCAUGUUGAACUCGGCGGGCCGAGAGAAUCGGGAAAAGGGGCAUACAAGGAGAGACGAACUUGGCCCGAGCACAACCGACAUGUUCUUGAUCGACAGUUUGCCGUAGAUGAUGUACCGAGACAUUACUAUGAGGAAGUCGACAACGAUUGGAAUUACACAAUCUGCGCCAAAGUCAGAGUCAGCUGGGGUGUCAUCGGCGGCCUACACAAGACGGCAGAUGGUUACGUUCGAUUCCACGCUUUCUUCCCCAACCACCGUGCCGCAGCUUUACAAGUCCUCGACCUCCUCUCUUCCGCGAACCGCGAAGAAGUCGCUGCCUAA